UAUGAAGCGCAAUACUCAAUGUAGGUUCUGGUUGACUCACAGUGCAUGAAGGCAUUCAUAAAGGUUUGAGAGUUACGUUCCGCUAAUUUCUACCACAGAAAAGGGCUCCCGAUGCCUCAGAUAACGGAUCUGAACCUAGUAAGUUUUAUCCUGUUAUUUGUUGAUGGGAAUAAAACAUGGUUUCUCCCUGUGAUAAACGCUUAUUUCUAAGUUCUUUGUUUGUUGUCAAGUGAAUUAAACCUUUUUAUUCAAUAAAGCAUCCGUAGAUAAAGUGAAGAGCUUCUUCUCAAAGUUUGGCAGUGGUUUGCGUACUGCUUUCGCCAAACCACAACAUCCUAGUGUGCCAGUUACUAGUCGUGACGUUAACAAUUAUUGUUAUCCUUCUGAUGAUCUGAAAACAAGCAAAGAAAUUGUUUCUACCUCAAGGGAGGCGGUUGACGCUCUUCAUCCUUUAAGGUAUGUUUAACUUUUAACUGAGGUUCUGAAAGUAUGUCGGCUUCGAUCUACUUUCUAAUUAGUCAAAUGUUUGGUUUAGAGGUGGUAGGAUUAAUGAGACGUUUCGUAAUCACUUCGUAACAGACUGCGGAUAUCGAUUAUUUUGUUGUCUGGUUGAUUGUUUGAUCCAUUUUUCGGUAAAUGGUCUGGGAUCUGCUUAGUAUCGCGUGGCACAUUCACUAUUAGUGUUUAUAUUGUAGCUACUACGGAAUAGUUCACCUUCCGCUUCGCUAAAGCUACCAUAUUUAUGUGAAAAAUAUAUCCGAAUGUAAGCCUAUGCUUAUGCACUAGUGAGUUUUUAUCUUGGCACAUAUUUGGUGAAGCAAAUUCUUGUUACCCUCCUUACGGAUGUCGAGGUCAGUUAUGUGUAUUUAAUUACCAUUUUGUUCAUGUUUCAUGUCCAUAUUCAUAUGCAAAUCUAAGUUUGUAUAUUGCUGCCCUCUACAAAGUCCUGAAGUUUUUUCGUAGUUUUUCAUUGAAUUCACCACUACUUUUUCUCGAGUUCACUCAAAGUCUACCAUACUUUUCAAGCAACCAGUUACAUCAGUGACACUGAUCUCUUUUGCUUCACUCGCCGAUGAGCGUCCCACUUUGUAUAACAACACUGCUUCUGAGCCCAUUCAUUCCAUACAAAUGGCAACUGAAUAAAUCCUGACAUUUUUUCUGCCGAAUAACUUGCAGUUGUUUAGUCAUAAUACAUUAACAUGCUCUCAUUGUUACAGGUAUAAAUUACAUGGCCAGUAAAAUAUCAUAAUCACAACAAUAACCAGAUUCAACCCUGGAACUGUAAUAUCGUCUCCUGUAGAUUUGUUAACGUCUGUGCUACAUUUUACGUGCUGUCCAACCGUUUUAGUCUACCCACUGAGACUCAUCAUUCAGAUAGCUGUUUAAAAAGUUUAUAGAAUAUGUUAUUUUCUCUUUAACUUCUAUAUACCGAACACUUGAGGAGUUUAGCUUGAGUAUUUGUUUAACAUUCGCCACAAUAAGAAUGUUGCUGAAAUAGGAAUAACAAGACAUUAAUACCAAGGUCAUCGUUCAGUACAUACCUCAUAGUUAUAAAAUGUGGCCUGUAAACCUAAUCAUAUUUCCUUUUGUUUAUUACAAGCACCACUCAGUAAAGUUUUCAACGCGAUUUUUUAAUCUAUAAAGACAUCACAGUGUACGAGGACAUCACUGAUAUCUUACAAACACAUUAAUAUCUAUUCGGGUGCAUAGUAGUCUACAGUUAAGAUCAAUAUAGUACAGUAACUAUGAAAAAACAUUUAGUUACAAAAAUCAUUAACUUAAAUGAUAGUUAUAUAUUUCACUGACUAUAACUAAUGUAUUUUAUAGCUCUUUGUACUGACUAUUUAGUUUAAUAAUCUUGGUGAAAUAAGAUGUAGUUCAAUCGAGAGACUUAGAAAGCACAGCUAAUACACCUGUGGUCCUCAGUACAUGGCUAGCCACCCGUAGUUGCACUCUGGUCCAAUUGUUUAUAACUAUAGAAACUUCGAAUUUAUUAACACAAUGUAACUAAAUCUUGCUAACUGAUUGUUGUAUGCACUCAUAAGUUUUUUUCUCUUAAUCUGCAUUUUAUUAUCCUGGUCUGUUUUUAAUAUAAAAGAUUUAAUCACCAAAAAGUUUUUAGCACAUGGCAUUAUUUUUAUAUCCCUUUAGAACUGAUCACCCAGUUAUACAUGGGUUUUGUUGCCCUUCAGUUCAUAGAACCUCCUGAUAUAAUACUGGAUGGCCUGUAAAAUCAUAUAGUAUGUAUUCAAUCCAAGAGGCGUAUUCUUUAGUGGUUAAAGCUUCUAAAUUACAAUCAUUUAUUAGACUGUUUUAACGCCAUUUUCGCCACUUUUGUUCGGAAAGCUAGUGGUUUAAGUUCAUGUAUACAAACUCAUACUUGGUUACUUAGUCACAUUAGGUUAUCCAGACUAUGUAUCGAUAAUUUUUUCUACAUGAAGUGUCAGGAUAUUUCAUGUCUUAUGGCUUUUUUGGACGGAAUUCUUUACUAUCCUACCAAGUACUCGUUAACAGUUUUUCUAAUUGUUCUUUAUGGUCUCCUGUCAUUUAAACCUAUUGCUACUACUUACUAGCGGGAUAUAUGAGAUAGCCUUAAAUCUUGUGUUAUGGCGUAGUUUCAAUUACGUCAACUAAACAUUGAAUCUCAAUAUGAUCUCUCAGUAAAGCUUCUGGGUAGACGAAAGGGUGUCGCUAAUUUAUUUCUAUUGUAAUGGCAUAUAUUCGCUGAUGGUGUGCAACGUAAUUAAGUUAACAUACGUAUUUCCAAGGUUUUUUCUAGGCUUUCCUGUUAACUGUAACAGAAAUUGUAGAUAAUGUCGUUUAGUUUCACCAUUCUUAGAACGUUUGGUAUAGGUUCCACUCAGAUCUCACAUAAUCAUUUGGUAGUGAUGGCUAAUAAGUGUAGCAUGUUCUUCGCUUUAAAUACAUUGUUUGAUCAGAAUAAAAUUUUUACCUUCGUUUGCUCUAAAUGGUUAGCUUUAGGGGACAACCAAGUUUGUGCAUUUAGCAAUCUUUGAUGUAGUUCAUUGUUAAAGCACUUGUCUUUCGAGCCGUAGGUUGCGGGUUGGAAUCUUGAUCUAAGAACGUAUUAAAUUAUUUCGGAAUUUGGAAGUAUCAUCAUCCUAAAGCAAUAGGCAUCCUCAUCCUUAAUGUUCUCCUGGGGAAAUCAUCAUACUCCACAGAUUGAUCAAAGGUCGUGUGAAACUAACUUUAGAGUGCCAAGCUAGUUUUCUUAGAUACACUAACUAUAUAUCAACUCCCCUACCAAAUGCCCGAAAACCAACGUAACUAUUUCAAACCAACAGUCAUAUUUUUCCUGAUAUCAGAACCAUCUGGAUAGAAAUCUAAUCGAACAUUGUAUGAUAAAGAAAAAUAUCCUUUGGAAUCUUGCUAACACCUUAAAGUUCUGUAUGAAAACACCUGAAGGAGAUGGAUGGCAUCUUUGUAUAUAUGGUAGGGUGAUCCUUUUGUUGAUUUUUGUGUUCCUUUGUUAUUUCAUCAAAAAGAUGGAUGGCAUAUAGCCGCUUUGUGUUUCGAAUUCCUUUUGUUGUCUUAUUAUACCAAACGUUUUUGGUGCUAGAAAUGAAUAAACCAAAAAAACUAAUCUUUGUAUGUUGAAAAUGAUAUCGGGACAUUUCUAUCUAGGUCACCACCUAUUUCGUGGAGACCUAAAUCUUGUCUCCUAUAAGUUCUAGUCUCCCUGAGCCAAGGGUUUCCGAUUUCUGUCCUGAAAUUAUUCAUAUUCAUAUGGUUACAUCAUGCAGGUAGCCCUAAUAUCACCUGUUAUACGGCCAAGUAUGGAAGGGACCUUUUCUAAAAAAAUGGGAGCAACUUGAGAUACGAGCUGUCAUGAAGUAGUUAUGCUUUACCUGUGUGGUUUGAGCGGUUAUCGUGUCGAUUGAAAGAAGUAGAGAUGUGGUGGCAUAAAGAAUAGUGUUGCAUGAACACCUGUUGGUGGAACCUGAGUACCCGUAUGACUUUCUAAGAGUAUCGUAACUUUAUAACUUCUGACCUAAUUGGAUAUUGUCAACAAUCUAAUUCUGUAUCGAUAUCGCACUUUUUUAUAUUUUUUUUCCAUUUGGACAAUUAAAAAUAACAGUACAAAAUCCGGGGCAUAUUUUAAUUGACUGCUUUUAUAUUUCCUAUUUAUUCAUCGUUCAUUUCUUAUUUAGUUAGUUAUUUUUGUCAGUGUUGUUAUAUUUUCAUACUUAGUACAUCUUUUGUAUAUACUGUACCGAGUUUUCACUGAAAUAAAUAUAUUAAUAAUAUUGAAGUGUGAUGUAUCUAUAACCCAUUUGUAUAUAAUCUGAGAUACUUUCUAAAUAAAAUACUGUCUAUGCCAAGUUGUAAUCUAUCUGUUCGUCGAUGAACCAGUAUGCUCACCAUUGGUACACGUAAUGCGUAAAUCCCGUUAGGUAGUAUUUUUGUGGUUAGAGGAUUUGGCUUUCACUCAUAGAAUCGCAAGUUUAAACCCCAUUGUGCCUACUGAGGUUUGAACUGACAAGUACCCUUCAAACCUCAAGCGUAGCUUAAAGAUGAGUACGUCAGCCUAUGCUUAGUUAAUUAGUUAUCUCUUUGUACCUAAUGACGUUAUCAGGAAUACAAAAAUCACAAGUAAAUAAGUCACUUAAAAAAGACAAAGCUGUGAGUACUAAGAAGUUUGGAGUAAUACUGUACUAAAGAUUCUAAGGAAAUAAAGAAAAAAUGCAUUUACACUACUUUAGUGUAUUUUAAGACUUGAUCACGUUAAGUCUCUGUUCGUAUAUUAUAAUUACUACAUGAACCUCAGCCAAGAAGUUUAUACCCUUAACCAUGUCUAAGACUAAGAUUCAGUAACCUCAUGGACUGAUGUUAUCUUACAUCCUUAUUGGAAGAAAGAAAAAGGCUUAAAACGUUCUCCUAAUCCAACUUAUGUUUUUCGAGAAGCUGCAUUUUGUCAACGUGAUAACUAAAACGGGAUAUAUUAUUUGCAUUUUUCGUGUUGAUAAAAAGUUAUCUAGUUAAGUACUAUAAUCACUAGUAAUCUAACGAAUAAAUACUUACGUCGAGCUUUUUAUCCGUUAAGUAGAACGGGGAAACGGACAUCUUUAGUGAGUACUGCUUGGCACUGUCUUCGAAGUAAAGACCGGUGUCAAGCAAGGUUGCUUACUCUCACCCUUUCUCUUACCCCUAGUGAUCGACUGGAUCAUCAGAUCACAGAUGAUCUGACCCUUCCAUCGCACACGCAACAACAAACGCAGGCGAAGACAAUCAGUGUAGCAGCAGCUUCAGCAGCAGUAGGUCUCAACAUACACAAAAGGAAAAGCAAGAUUCUCCGAUACAACACAGCAUGCACCAAUCGAAUCACACUUGACGGGAAGAUUUGGAAGAUGUAAAAACCUUUACAUAUCUGGGCAGCAUCAUUGAUGAACAGGGUGGAUCUGAUGCAGAUGUGAAGGCGCGGAUCGGUAAAGCAAGAACAGCAUAUUUACAACUGAGGAACAUCUGGAACUCAAAGCAACUGUCAACCAACACCAAGGUCAGGAUUUUCAAUACAAAUGUCAAGACAGUUCUACUGUAUGGGGCGGAAACCUGGAGAACUACAAAAGCCAUCAUCCAGAAGAUACAAGUGUUCAUCAACAGCUGUCUACAUAAAUUACUUCGGAUCCGUUGACCAGACGCUACCAGCAACAAUCUACUGUGAGAGAGAACAAAUGAGAUUCCAAUGGAGGAAGAAAUCAGGAAGAGCUGGAAGUGGAUAUGAAACACAAUGGGGAAAGCAUCCAACUGAGACACAAGACAAGCCCUCACAUGGAAUCCUCAAGGCCAAAGGAGGAGAGGAAGACCAAAGAACACAUUACGUCGAGAAAUGGAGACAGACAUGAAAAGAAAGAACAACAAUUGGAUAGAACUAGAAAGGAAGGCCCAGGACAGAGUAGGUUGGAGAAUGCUGGUCGGUGGCCUAUACUCCAGUGGGAGUAACAGGCGUAAGUAAGUAAGUAAGCUUGGCGUUGUCAACACAAACGAUCUCAAAUACACUGUUCCAGUAAAGACUGCUCUGUUGAGUUGUGUACUUCACUGACGCGCCUUCCAAAAAUGGGCAUGGCCAUAAGCUCUCUCAAUCAAUAAAGUUCGGUGCCUCAUUGAAGUCAAAACAUUCAUUUGGACGUUAGUAAGCGUGUUUAUGUAUUACAACCUAAUAGAGGAUAAUAGUUUGAUCAAUAUAUCUAAAAGCUGUUAAUUAUGGAAUAUUUAUCGAUUUUGGAAUCUGAUUCCUCUUUAUCAAAGGAGGAUGUUUUAUUUACCGAGACCGGUGAUGAUAACUUAUAAAAUGAAAUUACGCUGAGCUCUUAAACUUUAAUGCCUUAUUCGAUCAAACUAGUAAUCUUGAAUCAUAACCUCUGAAAACCCUCAAUUCAACCUGCCAGGCAGGAUCUGUUGGUUUCCAUAGUUUCAAAUUAGUUAUAACAUUUCCAACUUCCAUUAUCUAUCACCAUGUCGAUAAUGCCAAUCAUACAGAGGUGAUCGAGUUUCCCCUGCGAUUCAUAUAUUGAAUGAACCACAUGGUUCUAACCCACGAUCAUCAUAUGUCCGUGGAAAUGCAUCCCCUCAAAAUUCUGCUUUUCGAGAAGAAUUGAACUCAAAACUACGAAUUCGCCCUGGUCAUAAUCUUCCACCUAGAAUAACAACAAUUGCUAAGUCUGCUGAAAGUUCCGAUAGUUUCAUUUCAAAUGAAUCCUCUUCACCACAUCAAAAACAUUUAACUAGUCCAUAUUCACCUCCCCAUAGUACUCAUGUAUUGGCAACAACCCCACCUAAUAGUACACAUGAGUCUAUCAGUUCAACUCCAUCAUCCGCUGGUGCCUCAGAUUUAGUCAGUUUACAGCAUAAACUAGCUGUCAGUAGACCUAGAAAUCGUCGUCCACCAUCAAAAACUUAUCGUCAUACAUUGAAUAAAACGGAUGAAAAUGUUGUUGGCUUCUUUUCUUUAUCACCCAAGCAUGUUUCGACUAAUGAUAAUUUCUUUUCAGUUUCUAAUCCUCAACUGGGUCUUAUAAAAGAAGAAAGUGAAAUAAUACAUCAAAUAAGUGAAAAACCACCUCAUCAAAAAAUAUCUAACAUUCAUCUACCCACUGAAAUAUUAACUGUAAAUACUGGUGAAUCGAUUAGUGAGAAUUCUGAUUCAAAUAAACUUGAUUCUUCACUUUCAGGACUAAAUUUAAGAGGCAGCGUAAAAUCUGCGUAUGACUCGAAUUCUCUGGAACGUAAAUCUGAUUCCUAUCGUAAAUCUGACUGUUUACUCACGUCAUUUGAUCAAGAAACAAUAACACCUUUCAAACCCCCAAAGAAAAGUACAGGAUUUGAGAGAAUAAAAAUAAAUUCUACCAGUGAUUUCCAUAAUUUAACACCGCUGGCAUCAUACAAUGGCGGUGAUCAACAUAUUCGUCCACGUUCCAUGUUCAUUCCAUCAUCCGGUAAUGAAAUUCAGUCAUCACAGAUUUGUUUAAAAACAAAAGAUGUAAAUAAAAACUUAACCGACCAUCAUGAGAACAAUCUGAUUAGUUCAAAACAAUCUUCUGAAUCAAUUCCAUCAAUUGUUUUUAUCCCAUGUAAAGCGUCUGUGGAUAAUAAAAGUAAUGAUACUACUAAUACCAGUAAUAAUGAUAAUGAUAUUAGUCUCAAAGUUAGUAAUCAAACUACUCAUAUUAAUACUGAGACAAAAACACAUAUCUCUGUAUCUAUGAUGAAGAAACCUGUUCUGAUUGGUGUUGAAGAAAAUUCAAAUAAAUAUCCUCCAAGUCCUAGUCCUCAAACAGUGGCCUUACGUCAAAAAUUUGGUGAAACUUCUCGUCUUGUUACUCUUAAGGAUGAAUAAAAAUUAAUCCGCCAAGUGAGCAUCGUGUCUCACGUGUACUGGAAUUGGUAAAAGCAUUUGAAGGGGGUCUUUAAUAAAUCAUCAAAUAUAGAUUAAUUAUGAAUUUUGGUGCUUAAUUUCUUUACUACUUUACUUUUACCAUGUUUAAUUACUAUUAUUUUUAUUGUUAUUACUAAUUGUAAUAUGAAUGACAAACUUUAAUACUCCUCACUCCGAGAUGUUCUACUUUAUUUCAAUACUUCUAUUCAUAAUUGUAAAAUUUUAAAUGUAUCCACAUACCAUUGAUGAUCACAUUUUAUUCUCUAUUACUACUGAUUAUUUUCAUUUGGUUGCGCCAUAAUGUCCUUUUUCUGUUUUGAGAAAAAAUAAAUGAUUUCAGAGACAUCUGUGAAUUAAUAACAUUCUCUAUGAAUCUAAUUAUUAUUUAAUUAUGUAAUUUUAUUUUCUAUUCACUCAAUUGUACUGUUUAAAUUAUAUGAAUUUGACUAUGUAAUCAUCUCUGUAUCUGUAUGUGUAGAUCUUAUCAAUUCUGUUUUUUUUUUUGAAAAUGAUUGUUUGUAUUGGUUUGUGCCUUCAAAAGCUACCUACCGUCAAAUUGAAACAAAAUUAACAAACUACUCAAUAUGUCAAUAUUUUCUUUUUCAUCGGGAAAAAAUAUCAACAAAAGAUGAAACAUACAGCAUGAAUUAUGUUGUGUUUUUUUUACAGUAAAAACAAGAUACAAAUUCACCUUUACAAUUUCAUUCAUUUCUUAUAAUAAAUACAACAGAAUUGAUUAUCAUCUGGUCUCUCUGUCUUACUAUGUAUUAUAAUGAUAUUUUAUGCAAUAAUCUAUUUAUUCGAUUGUUUACCGUUCAGUGCUUUAUCAUCAUUCUCUAUUAUUGUUGAUUAAUACUGAUUAUUUGUAAUGAUUUGAUGAACGAUUAAGAAUUACAUUUUGUUUCCAAAAUAUAACAUUAUCGUUGAAUCCCAAUGGUGCAUAGAAUGCAAGGACACUUCGAUACUUUUACAAAUUGUCUUUUUAAACUUACCCUUUUAAAUGAUUUAUAAUAUCCCUGCAUAAACCCUGUUUUUUUUUCAGGUGUUAAUAGAAAAUAUACAAAAGAGAAUUAUGUAUAGCAUAAUUGCUAUUCUACUUUUUACAUAUAUAUUAACCGAAUUAAAUUACGGCAUAAGAACAAGAUCAAACUAGCUCACACUUUAGUUAACCGAGGGAGAGCUGAAGGACCUGAUAAGUUGAUUUUAGAGGCGCUUAACAAUAUUGGGUAGUCCAGUUUGUUGGAGAUUAAAUUGAUUGAGAUAUAGUCGCUAGAAUUUUAGAGCUAGACGUUUAUGAUGAAAUUUUGUGACAACGACGUAAGAACCAGUUUUUACCAAUAUAGUACGGAAAAUAAUACCUUCUGAUCAUUCAAUGUCUAUCUGGCCCUCAUAAACAACUAACGACUGCCUUCAAUUCUGAAACUGUAUUUACUAACCGAAUAUUCACUUUCCGUCAGGUGUUAAAAGAUGAAUAUACUUGCCGACGUCCGGUUUUAGUUGUAUUUUUUGACAUUAAGGAGACAUUUGACUCUGUUGAUCGAGAGAUUCCGUAGCCGUGUUUAUCAUUAAGUGGUAUAACAAAGCAGUCAUAGUAAACAGCAUAUCAGUAGCAGUAAUCAGCAUUUAGUUUGAGGCAUAACAACCACGUCGGAAUCGAAAAUCUAAGUUAUUUUAGAGUUUUCUAGAGUGAAAGUCGACAAUACAGCUUAUCCAAAUGUAAUUUGAAGAACUCAUGAAUUCUGCCCAUGAAACGAAUCUCAUGAGUCACACUUUGGAAGAAUGUAAAUUUGUUUAUCAACUUCCCGAUUAACCACUUAACGAGCAACAAAAGUCACCGUAAAGCGAAUAAAGGAACCCCACCAUCGUUCGGGGGAAGGUAUUAAGAUUGAAGUAAAUGUAUAAUUCAAUUAUGAAUUAUAUUUCCUGGUCAUGCCUAUAAAUUCACUGAGUUUGCGAAUCCCAU